AUGCUGAACGGACUCCACUGGGAUGCCAAUCUUCACGAGUAUGUGGACUCAUCGGGCAAUGUACCCCAUACUCUCUGGAAUACCCGGGACCAUUGGAAAUACGACGACGACUACGAUGUCGACAAGGUUUCCGGCCUCCACGGUCACUUCAUUGAUGCGGGCGAGGUCACUUCGAAGCUCCACGGCUUGCACUGGGACUCCCACCGCCACACUUACGUGGACACGUCGGGCAAGGUGCCUUCCUCGCUCCAGGGCUUGCACUGGGACGCCCACCUCCACGGCUUCGUGGAUGGCAAGGACCUGGGCAGCUAUCAUUCCUACACAGGUCCCCAUACCCACGAGCACCACAUCGUGAUCCACCACUAUCAUCCAGUUGGACAUGCUGUCCACACGAUGUCGUACGACUGUCAUGCAGGCUUGGGCAACGCGCAGGCCGGCUGGUCAGAUGGCAAGAAGGACUACUGCUGUCACCACAUGCACCUGGGAUGCCCGGCUAAGCUGGGCAGCACUCCCAGCGCACCGGAGCCCAAGUUCGAUUGCCACGAGAGUGAAGAAGACCCAGUCGCCAAUUGGGCCGACGAGAAGAAGGACUGGUGCUGUGAAAGCUACAGCCGCGGCUGUCCUGACGAGCCGCCUGCCCAAAGCUACAACUGCCAAGCCGACCAAGACAAGUGGGAAGCAGUUUGGCCACAUGAGAAGCGCGCCUGGUGCUGCUACACCCACGGGGUCGCCUGCGAUCCUUACAACUGCCAGGAGAACCUCACCACCUGGAACGCGAGCUGGACCUCAGCGAAGAAGGGAUGGUGCUGCAAGCAUCAGCGUCUGGGCUGCCCAUACGACUGCGCGGCAGGUGACGAUGCCUGGCAAGGGUGGGCCGCGAAGAAGAAGGACUGGUGCUGCGAACAUCAGGGCGUGGCGUGCGAGUCCUACAGCUGCGAAACAGGCAGCGACGAAGAAACCUUUGAAACCUGGUCUGGCAAGAAGAAGUUCUGGUGUUGCGAAAACCACAAAGUCGCUUGCGACCCAUACGACUGUGACUACAACAAGGAAAACUUCCACCAGUACUGGAGCGAAUCCAAGCGAGCGUUCUGCUGCAUCAAGGAGCAAAAGGGCUGCGUGAGCCAUACCACGCCAGCGCCACAUAACUGCGAAGAGGACUACGAUGACUGGCAGACCAAGUGGGACGAGGAGAAAAGGCAAUGGUGCUGCCAAACUCAUCUCCGCGGCUGCCACCACGAAGUGGCUCCCGACCCCUGGACCUGCACGUGGCCCGAAGAGAGCAGCUGGGAGGACUUCUUCAGCCACGGACAGAAGCGGUGGUGCUGUGAUCACAAGCACAUCGGUUGCGAUCCCUACGACUGCAACUACUUCUACAGCGACCGGGACGUUCUCUGGUCCAGCCACAAAUCGCUGUGGUGUUGCAGUCACAAGGGCAAAGGCUGCAAUUCUCAUGGGCAUGACCAGCCAUCCGCGGACUAUGUCUUCCAUGGAGACUACGACUGCACCCUCGCAGGCGGCAGCUGGGAGACGUGGCCCAAGUCGCAGCGGUACUACUGCUGCGACCAUUACACAGUGGGCUGCGACCAGUGGGACUGCGACUACGACGUGGACUCGUUGGAGGCCUGGGAAACCAGCAAAAAAGCCUACUGCUGCGACAAGGUUGGCGUCGGCUGUGUUGAAGACGACCAGCCCCCAGUCGAGGAUCUCUUCGAUUGUGAUGCCGGGCUGGCCAAGUGGGAGAAGGGCUGGUCUGCAACGAAGAAAGGCUACUGCUGCAAGUACAAGAGCGUCGCUUGCGAGCCCUUCGAUUGUGGCUUUGAGGUCGACGAGUACCAGACCAAGUGGCCUGAGGCGAAGAAACUCUGGUGCUGCCAAAAGGAGGAAGUCGGAUGCGAACACGAAGCCACCUUCGACUGCGACGCAGGAUAUAUCCGCUGGGAAGCGGGCUGGUCUGAGACGAAGAAGGCAUGGUGCUGCACGCAUGAGCAGCGUGCUUGCGACAAGUACAACUGCGAGGAGGACUAUUCUGACCGCUACUUGAGCUGGAGCAAAUCCAAGCAGGAGUAUUGUUGCGACAAGUACGAAUAUGCUUGCAGUCACGACACUGGAGGAUACUAUGGCGGUGCACACAGUCACCACACGAUCCAUCACAUCUACUCUGGGACAGGGCAGGAUGCCUUCGAUCAUGUUGCACACGCUGGCGGUGGUGAGACCUUCAGUCACUUUGAGACGAGCAGUGGGCAGUUGCCUCCAGGCUUCAAGAUGGAGGGUGGUAAGCUCCCGCCUGGCUACCACGUGAAGGGCGACAAGAUCGUCUACGGCCAUGGAAGCCAUGCCAUGUCCUUCCCCAAAACUGACUUUCAUUCAACACAUGGCCAUUUCUUCUUUAGUGAUGCCGGUCAUGAGAUGCAUGACAGUGCAGGCGGAUCCGCCAGCAGCGGCCAUGCAAAGCAUGGCAGCAGCAGCGGCAGCUUCAGCCAUGUUGAGACGAGCAGUGGGCAGUUGCCUCCGGGCUUCAAGAUGGAGGGUGGCAAGAUGGUUUACAGCAAGAGCGGGCACUUCGAUUUCAGCGGCGAUGGCGGCAAGCUACCGCCUGGCUACCACCUGAAGGGCGACAACAUCGUCUACGGAAAGGGAAGUCACUCCAUGUCUUUCCCUGAAGUCGACUUCCAAUCAAAGGGCGAUCACGUUUUCUUCAGUGAUGCCGGUCAUGAGAUUCAUGGCGGCACCGGUGGAUUCGUUAGCGGCGGCCAUGCAAAGCAUGCCAGCAGCAGCGGCAGCUUCAGCCAUGUUGAGACAAGCAGUGGGCACUUCGGUGGUGCCGGCCAUAAGAUGCAUGGCAGUGUGGGUGGAUCUGUCAGUAAUGGCCAUGCGAAGCAUGGCUUCAGCUUCGGCCACAUUGAGCAGCUGCCCCCAGGCUUCAAGAUGGAGGGUGACCAAAUGGUCUUCAGGAAAGUAGAUGCCCACAGCAGUGGAGGCAAGGUCCCACCCGGCUAUCGCCUAGAGGGUGACGACAUCGUGAUCGGCCAUGGCAGGCACAGACUGGCAUUCCCGGAGGUCGACUUCCAAGCCAAAGGCGAUCACUUUGUCUUCGAUGCCGACCGUGAGGCGGAGCAGAGUGCGGCCAGUGCGGCUGCAGGAUUAGCGUCCGGCAAGCAUGGUGGUGCUCAGUUCACUUUGCCUCCAGGCUUCAAGAUGCAGGGCAACAAGAUGGUCUGGACCAGGGGUGGUGGCUAUUCAUUCGAUGGUACAGGCAAGCUCCCUCCCGGCUACCGAUGGGAAGGUGACGACAUCGCCUAUGGACAGGGAAGUCUGGAGGCAGAUAUUCCCUCGAGCAUGAUUUCGACAGAUUGA